UUUUCUUUCUCUAUGGUAUCAGAAACAUGGCGUGCGAGAUGUUUUCACACUUCGCUAUAACUUCGCAUUAUUGCGAUUUAUGAGUGUGUAGUUAGCGAAAAAGAGCUGAGACAAGCUGAAACGUGCGUUGGUUAUUUGGCAGCGAGUUCCUGCCCUUUAACCAAUGGAAAACAUGAGCCCUAAUGAAGCAUCCUGUCCGCGUUACACUUGCGAAACGUGUGGCAAGGCGUAUGUAAGGAGGUGCAGUCUGGCUCGUCACAACAGUGUAGUUCAUUCUAUACAAACGCCUCGGGGCAACUUCAAGUGCGACCAGUGCCAUAAUGUCAGAUACAAUCAACGCGAACAGCUCCUGAAGCACCUGAUCGAGAUGCACCAAUUUGAGUACAAGUACGAACAGCGACGGUUUCGGUCCUUGCAGGAUUUCUUCCGCUGGAAGCAGAAUGAAGAGAGAAGAGAGAAAGUGUGCUUUGUCGCACACUCCAGCGCGAAAACGCUGUAUGGCGGCCGCAUCAAACGGUGGUAUGUUUGCCAUCGAUCUGGCAGUUACAUUCCCAGCGGCAAAGGCCAUAGGCGGCUCAAGUCUCAAGGUAGCUGCAAAAUUAAUGCGCACUGCAUGGCAACAAUGUCCACCACCCAAGACAUGCAAACCGGCAUUGUCUCGCUUGUCUACCAAAAGAAACAUUACGGGCACGACAUAGACCUAGGUCACUUGCGGUUAAGCAAAGAGGAGAGACAAGCCAUUGCGCAGCAACUCGCUCAAGGCAUACCUGUUGAAACUGUGCUGAAGAAUGUGAAGAAAACUCUUGGGAGGGAGCUUCAGAAGAUACACCUGAUCACACGGAGAGACCUCAACAAUAUUGCCAGGCGUGAACUUGGAUUAACAUUGCCCCAACUUCAGAAGGAGGGAUUGAAUACACCAUACUUGAAAAAUGUCAAGCUGGAGCUGCCGUCGGAAUCAUCCAAUAGCUGUUCGUACGAUUUGGACCAAGACGUAGACGAAUCUGCCGACCAUGCUCCUGCAGGAAAUGAAAAUGUCCUUGUUAACCUUGCCGGUGUAGGAUUCCAGAGCGGCAGCCAGCUUCCACUGGCACCACUUGUCAUUGGCCAGCAGGGCACUGCACCAUUGGUCUUCACUUCCUUGAUUUCAACUGCGCAGAAUGGAAGUGUCAUCAUUUUUGGCAAUCCUGGAACCACCCUGCAAAGCAGAAGCAACUCAGCGUUACCUUCUGUUAGAAGCAGUGAAGCAAGAGGGAAGGGCACUCAACAGAGCUUGUUAAAAUGCAACAACACAAACAAUUUUGAAUCAGUGAGGCAGCUUGGCUCCGUUAGUUACUCUCCCAGUGAUGACCACUCAGCACCAGUGAGCCAGGCAAAAAAAUGCGUCUUGGAAGCAAUCCACGAGCUGCACAUGAAGGUCACCAAAUAUUCUGGAAGUGAGGACAAGUUGCAUCACAUAGAAAAAGAGAUUCGGGGGCUCACUCACUUUGCUGACUAUGGUGUGGUUAAUUGGGAGCCCGCGGAGUGUGGAGCAAUGGAAGAAGUAAGUUUUGAUGAGGGGGAGGAGCCUCAAUUCCAGGACUUGUCGGAGUUGAGGUUCCUCCAGGACUUGGAGGGCCAGAGUGCAACGGAGAAGAAGAGCAAGCCACAUAGGCAAGACCAUGUGUACUCGAAGCUGAGUGAAUGAGUGCUGUGUGUUACCGUGUGCAUCAGCCUUCAAUGUGUUUUCAUGUUGCCUUGGAAGAGUUAUUGAUGCUGAGACAUUUAUCGAAGUCUCUUUUCUAUUUCGAGAGAACGGGUUGGUGCAUGGGUGAGCAGAGCGGUCUCUGAGCUGUGCAGCUGUUGCUGCACCUAUGUUGCCAUGUUCUUGUGAGUUGUGUUGCUGUUCAUCAUUGUAGUUUUACAGCACCAAAGAGGCUCACAAUAAUAUAUUUUGGCUCUGGGCGUGUGUGUGGCAGCCGGAAGACACUUCCAGCAAAGUGUACAUUUUGUGUUUCAGCUUGACAAGUCCUCCUGGUCUGACACAAAAUCAGUUGAUGAAAAUAGAACAUCAUUUAUGUUAUGUUGAGUAGUGUCCGUAACUCCUGAAGUUACUAGGGAUGCAACGUAUUACUGCAAGUGUGUUUCUUUUUUUUUGCAUGUCUUGUUCAUUUGUACCAUAUUUUUGUUCCUCAGACUAUAAAAUAUACAUAGUUGCUUCUUGAAAACCAGUGUGUUGUGCUUAUGGUUGAUAUCCCACAUCCACAUUGUAAUAAUGGUUUCUUGAAAUGCACCUACUUGGGUACCAAAGUGUUUUUCCAUAUAAAAUGCAUAUAGUUCAACUUGCCAAGCUUCCACUGAUUAAUUUAUUUAGCACAUUAUGUAAGUGCCAUUCACUGAAGGUAUAGCUUAAUGUUGUCCCGUCAAGUUCUGUCAUUCCAAAAACAUUUUCUUUACAUGCACGGUGUUAGUGACGUCAACAGCUGUCAUAAGGCGGCUAACAUAACAGACACCUUCAGCGGAGUUUCUGUUGUUUGCUUUGGCCAGUCCUGUUUAUGGUAACACCUUGCACGCAACUGUUCAGUGGGAGCACUAGUGCGUGUGAGCAUAGUGCCCAUACCAGCAGUGGAAUCUACAGUGUUCACAGCAUGAAAUGUGACUUCAAAACUACAGUAUUACAACCGGUAUUCACACUAGCUCGAGAUAGCCACAUCGUGCUGCAACAAAUCUGGCUACGAAAGGUGAUGGUGCUAAUCUCACAGCGGUGUGACAUGAACUGAAGGUUGUGGAAGAGAAAGUAUGUGCAUACUUAUCUCUCAAUUGUUGCGUUUCAUCACAUGAGCGCUUUGCAAUGCGAUCCAUGCACAGCAGUGGAGGCGGUCGAGUGGAGUUCAAGGGCGCAACCACUUGACUCUUUAGUUGUUUUACAAUCUUGCAUUUCGUGUCACAUGGCAACAUGAUAGUUGGGAAAGCAAAAUCGCUGCAGUUCUGUGCAACCACAUGAACUCGUGAAAUGUAAGCUGAGCGUAUGCGACACUGCUAAAAUGAUCGGUUAUUCACCUGUACAAGAGCAACAAUUCUCUAAUGUUCUUUAUUGCUUUCAGGUUGAACAUGACACGAAAAAGACAUCUCCAAUCAAACAGCUUCCGUAUGCUGUGAAGUUGAGAGAUAUUGCUGUAUAUAGGUACUUAUUCUUUAACUGUGAAAGGUGC